AUGUGCGCACUAACCCUGACAAACAUAACUACUCUUAAAGAAUGCCAGGAAAAAUUAGUUGAUCAGCUUAUUUCUCAAAUCCAGCGAUCUCCGGGACCUCCUACUCGUAAUCUCAUUGGUCGUUGCUUAGCCUCAUUGUUUUCAAACGGAGAUACAUUAUACCUUUACAAGGCGAUAAAUACCUGCAAUGACAUAUUAAAAUCCAAAGAUGAUGGACCUCCCUAUUUAAAUAUCCGCCUAACAGCUAUUAAUUGUCUCGGAACUAUGUAUGAACGCCUUGGGCGUUUGGCUGAAUCUCAAACUCGUUAUGAAAUUAUGCUAGCCCUUCAUGGUAUUGUACAUGGACUUGGAUAUUCCGGUUACGGCUGUCAUAAAGAAAUCUAUAAGGCUGCUAAAAAUUGUAUGACGGAUAGAGCUAUGCCCGUUCGUGCAGCGGCUGCUAAGUGCAUCUACGCUCUUGUAGACUAUUCUCAGUCUUUGCACACUACGGAUCUUGAAGCCACCGUUAACCUCUGUCUUCGUAGUAUGGAAUCAUCUUCGUACGAAGUUCGUCUUGAGUCUUCCCGUCUCCUAGGUCAUCUGCUUGCCCGCACACAAGGCCAUAGUUUUAAGGGCUUUGGACUUCAUCCGUCUAGCAGCUUGACCGGAGGGAGUGGGAGUGGCGCCGGUUCAUGUGGUACUAUAGGAAGUUGUGGCGGCCAAAUUGGGAAUAAUGGAAUAACAGGAACCGGGGUCGCAACUACCUCAGGUAAGUGCUGA